AUGCCUUGCAAAGGAGACUUGUUGCUGGUUGAGUAUUCCGUGAAGCCGGGCACUUCAAACAUGAACAUCCACACCGUGAGCCCCUUAAGCUUCCAGAAUAUGGAUGAGGUAUGUAUUACCAGUACUGAUGGAAAAACUGGUGUGGUGGAAUCCUGUGUCUUUUUUACUGUGGAUUCCAUCCAGAAGCCUUCUGAUUAUACUCCGGAGUUGUAUGACAUCGUGAAUGUGGUCGCUGUGGACAGCAUUCAACCAAACUGUUCUUGGAGAGCAGUGUCAAUGAUCCCAGUGGAAAUGUGCAUUGACCAAGCCUUGUAAUUCACCAUUAUUUAUAAGGCUCUGGUUUAAUAAAACAAAAUGAGCAUGUAAUCUAAA